AUGGUGGCUGGGUUUUUUCAGGACUUGGCUUUUUCUGCAUCCCUCACAGUGGUUGUUUAUUUUAUUCUGUCUAAGCUUCGUUCGAGUUCUGCUGAAGAUGUCACCAAUGCUACGUGCAAUUCAAGAAACGAUGUUUUAAUUGAUAAAGCUGGGUUUUUGGAGCAUGUUGGCAAAAAAUAUCCUGGGGUUUUUGAUAUUGGACAAGAAAGAAAUCUUGGGAAUUCUGGGUUUCAAGCAGUGAUGUCGGGAGAAGUUCACAGUGUUGAUGGUGAAGGGAACGAGCUGAAACAAGAAGAGAAAGAUAAUAACACCAACGAUGAAGCUCUUGGUGGAGUUGUCGAAAACGGAACUGAAGAAGAACUACAAAGCCUAGUUGAAGACGCUUAUGUGGCAUUGAGUUUAAGGGAAGAAUUUGAAGUGAGGGAGGGCAAGGAUGAGGAAAUUUGUGAGGUUUUGGAGGAUAAACAUAGUCAAGAAACAGAGAGGGAUGCAGCACAGAGCACUGAGAGGAGUGAGGGCAAUGAAUCUAAUAAUCGGGUGGGGAUGGAAGAAUCAGAAGAGGGGCUGUUUGAUGAUUGGGAAGGGAUAGAGAGAAGUGAGCUGGAGAAGCAUUUUGAUGCAGCAGUGGCUUUUGUUGGUUCCAAGGGCAAUGCUGAUCGUAUUGAUGGCAACACAAGGAUGCAGCUUUACGGGCUUCACAGGGUUGCCAUGGAAGGACCUUGCCACGGGCCACAGCCAACGGCAUUGAAGGUUUCAGCUCGUGCUAAGUGGAAUGCUUGGCAAAAGCUGGGUGACAUGAGCUCAGAAAGGGCAAUGGAACGGUAUAUGGCCCUUCUGUCAGCAAGCAUACCUGAAUGGGAGGCUGCGUAA